GCCGCCGCCGGGGCUUGGCUUGUAGUUACGAGUUACAACCACGCAGCAGCGUGGUUGCACCGCGCCUCGCUCUCGACCAACAAGACUUCGUACAUGGUACAAUUUGCUACUCGCUUCUAUUAUUGAUGCGCGCGGGGGUCACUCUUUUUUCAAUCCAUGACCAUGGCUGCGCGGGCCGAGGGAGACUCGGUAAUGAGGCCAUCGACGUUUGAUGAUUGCUCUGCGGAUGGACGGACGUACGUGGAAGGCGCGCCACCAUCGUUGUCUGCGCAAUCGCCCAUGGAAAGCGCACCGCCAUCGUCAUCUACAGCAGCGACGGCCGGGUCGAGCCUCACGGACCAGCAGGUUCAUGCCCUCCUCGACAUCCUCUCGCACCACGAAACGUACGCAGAGAUUGAGGCGUUCAAAACACCCGACGCCGUCACAGACUAUGGGUAUCCAUUCUCGCGGACCAUGGCGCCGGGCCUGGUGCAGCAGCCACAGCAGCAGCAGCAGCAGCAGCAACCCUCGGGCGGCCUGUCCGGCUGGCUGCGCAGCGCAACGUCGACGCCCUUGAACUCGGCGCCCGGGACCCCCCGAUCCAGGACGCCCGUGCCGGCAGCCGACCAGGACGCGGCGUCGAAUAAGGGGUCCGAGGGCAAGACGGGCAACGACGACGGCGACAAAGACAACGACGGUGGCGACAGCGGCACGCCGGUGCUGCAGGCCCUGCUCACGGGUUUCCUGCUGCCGCUGCCGUGGCUGCGGGACCUGCCGCGCGGGUUCUGGAGCGUGCGCGUGCAGGGCAUCCUGGCGCGCCUGGGCGCGGCCGACCUGUCGGAGAGCUACGACAAGGGCGCGCUGGGCACGCGCAAGAUGCUGGCCACGGGGUCGAGCGCCGUCAUCGAGAUGCUGGGCCGCGGGGCCCUGGGCGGCGUGCCCAAGAAGAGGGCGCCGACGUCCGGUGCGGGCAAGGACGACGACGCGGGCGGUGAGGCUUCUUCCUACGACGUGAACAAGCCCGAGGACCUGCAGAGGGCGUGGGACGACGUGGUGCAGCAGCUGGUCUACGGGGACCUCGUGGAUGAUAUAUUCGACCACAUUGCCAGGACGGACGACUUUGAGAGCCACUCGCCGGCUGUCAAGGCCGCCGCUGAGUACACCCUAAUACACCUGGCUGCCUUUGCGCACCGCGUCUUCAUCGGCUCGCCAGAGGGCCAGUACCUCCUCAAGCUCCUCGAGAAUGUGCACUCCCUCAUCCCCUAUAAGCUCAUCAAGCAGACGCUGCGCGUCGGAAACGCCGCCACCAUGAUCAACGGCAUGAUGCGGCUGCUGCUGGCCAAGCUCAGCGUCACGAGCGUGACCAACUGGUUCGGCAUCACGCAGAGCCCCGACGACGGCAUGAACCUGCUGCAGCGCAUCGUGUCCCUCGUCCUCGGCUGGGACGCGGGCGAGUUCCGCAAGGUCGCCGACAGGAUCGAAAAGGACAAGGCGUCGCCGCCGCCGCCCGAGGACGCGCUGCGCAUCAUCCGGGAGCACGUCGCGGCGUCGCGCGAGGAGCACGAGAUCGUCCGCCGCGCCAGCCGCGCCAACGGCCAGUCCAUUGUCGUGGCUAUCCUCUCCAGCGCCUCGGAGGGGGGCGCGGCCCUGCUCGCCCAGAGCGGCGGACUCACCGAGGAGCAGCACGCGCGCUGCCUCGAGUACUACUCGGCGCUGCUGUCGGUGCGCGACCGCGAGGCCAUCGCCGCGGCGCUGUGCAAGCAGGCGCCCGACCUGUUCACGCAGGCCAUCAAGGACCUGGUGGCGGCGUACGACCCCAUGAUCCGCAGCGUCCACGCGCGCGUCGACAUCAAGGAGCACCUAGACGGGGCGCAGGGCUUCAUCGACGACUUUAUCCGCGCAAGCAAGCCCACCAAAGACGCCGGUGCCGCGACAACGACGGAGCGCCUCGCCGGCGUGGACGAGUACGUCGAGCUGCUGCGCCGCAACAAGGGCCUGCUGUACCGCUGCGUGAGCGCCGUGGCGUCGCGAUGCGACGACGUGUGGGCGGACCUGAGGGAGUGGACCAAGGCGGCGGUCCGCAAGUUCCGCAAGGACGAAGAUGAAGACGGAGACGCACGGAGGAGCAUGGAGGCGCGGCUGCGGGACAUGUUUGCCGACCUGGAAGGGGAGGAAACGAGGAGACGCGUCCUACAGGCUAUUGACGCGCAUGCAGCGUACUUGACGACGCUCAACGAUUUGUCCUCUGCGCGGCUACAGCUUCUCGUCACGACCGCCGCCGCCGCCGCUACCAACGACCAUGAGGCCUCAUCGGCGGAUCUGUCCUCGACAGGGGCGGCGAUGAUGGAGGGCCCGGGCGUGUACCUCGCGCGCUGGCAGGCGCUCCUCGACGAUACGCUCAUCACGCCGGCCGUGCCGCGGCGAGCCGGUGGCGCGUUGCGCUGCGGGAGGGACGUCAAGCACACGGUCGCGAUGGGCAAGACGGGCGCGGGCGGGAUGCCUGCGUCUACGUCCAAGAAGACUGGAAGUAGUGAUGGUGGUCACGGUGGUGGUGGUGGUGGUAGCAGGGGAGGGGGUGUGGAAGCGCCGGACGUGAGCAUCGUGGUGGAGGCGCUGGGCGGGCCGUUCAAGGAGCUGGUGAGGGAGAGGGCGAGGGGGCUGAGGGGGCUAGCUUGA